CAUGGCCGACAUCAAGACGGGCAUCUUCGCCAAGAACGUCCAGAAGCGACUCAACCGCGCGCAGGAAAAGGUCCUUCAGAAGCUUGGGAAAGCCGAUGAAACAAAAGAUGAACAGUUUGAAGAAUAUGUCCAGAACUUCAAGCGGCAAGAAGCAGAGGGUACCAGACUUCAGCGAGAACUCCGAGGAUAUUUAGCAGCUAUCAAAGGCAUGCAAGAGGCCUCCAUGAAGCUCACCGAGUCGCUGCACGAAGUCUACGAGCCGGAUUGGUAUGGGCGGGAAGAUGUGAAAAUGGUUGGCGAGAAAUGUGAUGUUCUGUGGGAAGACUUCCAUCAAAAACUAGUGGAUGGAUCCUUGCUGACACUGGAUACCUAUCUGGGCCAAUUUCCUGACAUAAAGAAUCGCAUUGCAAAGCGCAGCAGGAAGCUGGUGGACUAUGACAGUGCCCGCCACCAUCUGGAAGCUUUGCAGAGUUCCAAGAGGAAGGAUGAGAGUCGAAUCUCUAAGGCAGAAGAGGAAUUUCAGAAAGCACAGAAAGUGUUUGAAGAGUUUAACGUUGACUUACAAGAAGAGUUACCAUCGUUAUGGUCAAGACGAGUUGGAUUUUAUGUCAAUACUUUCAAAAAUGUCUCCAGCCUUGAGGCCAAGUUUCAUAAGGAAAUUGCGGUGCUUUGCCACAAACUGUAUGAAGUGAUGACGAAACUGGGCGACCAGCACGCUGACAAGGCCUUCACCAUUCAAGGAGCUCCCAGUGAUUCUGGUCCUCUCCGCAUCGCGAAGACGCCAUCGCCGCCCGAGGAGCCUUCGCCCAUCCCGAGCCCGACAGCCAGCCCCAAUCAUACACUGGCACCCGCGUCUCCUGCACCAGCAAGGCCUAGGUCACCUUCGCAGACAAGGAAGGGGCCUCCUGUCCCACCGCUGCCUAAAGUCACUCCGACAAAGGAACUGCAGCCAGAGAACAUCAUCAGUUUCUUUGAGGACAACUUUGUUCCGGAAAUCAGUGUGACGACACCUUCCCAGAAUGAAGUUCCCGAGGUGAAGAAAGAGGAGACUUUGUUGGAUCUGGACUUUGACCCUUUCAAGCCUGAAGUAGUGUCUGCGGGUUCUGCCGGAGUGACCCACUCACCCAUGUCUCAGACGUUGCCUUGGGACCUUUGGACGACUAGCACUGAUUUGGUACAGCCGGCUUCUGCUGGUUCAUUUAAUGGAUUCACCCAGCCCCAGGACACUUCAUUAUUCACGAUGCAGACAGACCAGAGUAUGAUCUGUAACUUGAUCAUCCCUGGAACUGAGGCUGAUGUGACUGUUGGAAUCUCCAUGCCGGCAGCGGAGGGGGCCCCGGUGGAGGAAGCAGAGACAGAGAAGGCAGCUCUUCCAGCUGGGGAAGGAGCAAGUUUAGAGGAGGCCAGGAUUGAUGCUGAAGCCACAGAGGCUGUGGAUAGCGACAGAUCUCAGCCAGAAGAAACAGCAGCAGCAGCACCUCCGGAGAAGGUCAUCCCUUCUGUCAUCAUCGAGCCCGCUUCCAACAACGAAGGGGAAGGAGAGCACGAGGUAACCAUCGGUGCAGAGUCCAAGGAGGCCACUGAUGCUGCUGCUCUUCCGGGCUCCACCAGCGUGACGCCAGAGCUGGCCUCGGAGCAGGAGGCCGGGGAGGACUCCCAGCCGGCACCUGCAGCUCUGUCUGCCAGCGAGGUCUCUCAGGAAGUGCCGCCCGGCUUUCUCUACAAGGUGGAAACACUACACGAUUUCGAGGCAGCAAAUUCUGAUGAACUUACCUUACAAAGAGGUGACGUGGUGCUGGUGGUCCCCUCGGACUCGGAAGCUGACCAGGAUGCGGGCUGGCUGGUAGGAGUGAAGGAGUCAGACUGGCUUCAGUACAGAGACCUCGCCACCUACAAAGGCCUGUUUCCGGAGAACUUCACCCGGCGCCUGGAUUAGGGCCGAAAGUCUUGUAGAGAGAGCCUGGUUACUGGGUUUUUAAACCUUCAGGAAAACCUGAAGAGGUCACUUUUGCUAUUACGCUCUUAAUGAUUUACAGACUGAUGCCAGACAAAGCUUGGAAGGAUAUAUCGAUGGCGCAUGUGUGCAAAAAAAUGUAAGAGAAAAAAAGUCAAUUAUGAAAAAAGUCCUCAUUGGUCCCCAUGUUAUGGCUAACAGGUUUCUUUGUGUUUUGUCCAAGCUCUGGAGACUCUUGUACUUGAUCCCGUCCUGCCAAUUCUAAAGUAGCUUUCUCCAGACCAGAACCUGAAUCUCUCCACACCAAGUGUAUGGUAUUGAGUGGCUGUCCUGCAGAAGCUGUGUUGAAUUAUCCUGUAGUAUGAGAUUAUCUCAGUCCCCCUGAGCACGUGCUCUCUCUCUCUCUCUCUCCCUUUCAAGUUUACUGUGUUUAAAAGUACACUGCUGCAAAAGUUUUCAAUGUCCUUUUCCAACACACCCUCUCUCUAUAUAUAUGGACACACAAUCACACAAGCUAGUUUCCAUCACUCUUGGAUCUAUGUGUAUGCACACAACUACAUAUGCAUAGUUGCUUUCCUUUCCAUUGUAGCUUGUGGCCUCUCGAGUGUCAUUGAUACAUGCAUUGCUCUUCUUCUGUCCAGCAUUACAGUUGCAGUUUUGCCUCUGAGCAAAACCAGUCAUCCCAUUGCCAAAACAGUCGACAGUAUCUGUGUUCGUAAUGUGCAUUUUUGAGGAUGCGAUGACGAGUAGCAUGUCUGAGUGGCCGC